GAAAAUAGCGUCUAAUGAGAGCAAGUAUCUGUUUUUCUGGGGUGAUUUGCCAUCCGAAACAGCUCGGCUCUGACUGUGUGAAAUAGGGAAUGAACGACGAGACAGCAUCGGACAGCUGGACGAGAAACUCCGGGUGCUCCAGUAUUGAGCAAAUGCUGGCUGUGAAUCCCGGAAAGACGCCCAUCAGUCUGCUGCAGGAGUAUGGAACGCGGAUAGGCAAGACCCCAGUGUAUGACCUGCUGAAGGCAGAGGGACAGGCCCACCAGCCCAACUUCACUUUCCGUGUCUCUGUCGGAGAGAUCAACUGCACCGGCCAAGGGCCCAGCAAGAAGGCAGCCAAGCACAAAGCAGCCGAGGCUGCUCUGAAGAUGCUCAAGGGAGGCCUUGGAGGUCCUACUGGAGCUGGUGUUGAAGUAGACGGGCUUAUUGAGGUUGAUGUGCCUGCUGAUGGAGACGGCUCUUCAUCAGAGAUGAAACCGACAGGAAGUUCCCAGCAGUCAGAAUGUAACCCUGUGGGAGCUCUGCAGGAAUUGGUGGUGCAGAAAGGCUGGCGCUUGCCAGAGUACACGGUCACCCAGGAGUCCGGUCCAGCACACCGCAAAGAGUUUACCAUGACCUGCAGAGUAGAGAGAUUUGUAGAAAUAGGAAGUGGUACUUCCAAGAAGCUUGCCAAGAGAAACGCAGCAGCAAAGAUGUUAUUGCGGAUACAUGAUGUCCCCGUAGACCUGAGGGCCAGUAACGAUGCUGACACAGAAGAUGACACAUUUACAUCGGUGAGGAACAAAUUUUAACUUCUCAAAAGCAGCAAAUA